CAUUUUUCAAAACACUGUAAAGAUGGCCUCUGAAACCUUAAUAGCCUCAUCUCCGACCGAAAAAGUCGACACUGUAACAGCACCACCAAAAAUUCACAGCCAUGAUAGUAAUCCUGUCCAAUGGGCACCUUUAACGGGUAUUCCCAUUGAAAGACGUCUUCAAAUGCUCGCUGUCUGUGCCUGGAUUAGUCUUUUAUUCGCAUGUCUUUUCGUAUUUAUCUUUUUAGCAACCUACAAAUUUCUCUGGCCAGUUUUAAUCGCCUACGUAACAUUUAUAUACUUCGAUAAAGCACCUGAAAAUGGUGGUAGGCGAUACGAAAAGUUUCGUCAUUGGGUGGUAUGGAAGUAUUUUGCUAACUAUUUCCCUGUUACUUUGAUCAAGGAACAAGACCUUGACGCAAGCAAAAACUAUGUAUUUGGUUAUCAUCCUCAUGGUAUCAUUUCAAUGGGUGCAUUUUCCAAUUUUGCCACAGAAGCCACUGGAUUUUCAAAGACAUUCCCUGGUAUCAAACCUUUCUUACUUACAUUGACUAGCAACUUCAACAUCCCUUUAUAUCGUGAUUAUAUUUUAUCCUUGGGUAUGGCAGCCGUAUCUCGUCGUUCUUGUGAGAAAAUUUUAUCCUCUGGUGCUGGUCACUCAAUUGUUAUCGUUAUCGGUGGUGCCGCCGAAUCAUUAAAUGCACGUCCCGGUACUGUUGACUUAGUGUUGCGAAAACGUUUAGGUUUCAUUCGCUUGGCAAUCAAACAAAAGGCGGAGCUUGUUCCUGUAUUUUCUUUCGGCGAAAACGAUUUGUACGACCAAGUGGAUAAUACCAAAGGAAGUAAAGUAUUCCAUUAUCAAAAGAAGAUGCAAGCCAUUCUUGGAUUUACCAUGCCUUUGUUUCAUGCCAGAGGUGUUUUCAAUUAUAACGUAGGAAUUAUCCCAUUCAGACAUCAGAUCGCCACAGUUGUGGGUAAGCCCAUUCCUGUUCCCACUUUGGAAGAGGGUACAGAGCCUACUCAAGAGCAAUUAUUAGCAGUCCAAAAAUUAUACAUCGACGAGCUUCAAAGCAUUUAUGAUAAAUACAAGGAUGUUUAUGCCAAGGAUCGUAAACAAGAACUUUGCAUUGCAGAUUAAUUGCACUUUUUUUUUCCAUUCCAGCAUACCUUUCUACAAAACUUCCCCAACUUUCAUUUUUAAACGUUCUUCAUUAAAGGCAUUGUAGUUUACAUUAUUUAUUAUCAAACGAAAAAC